ACCGGGGAGAAUUCAGCAGCCUCAGGGGGCAGCUCUUCGUUGCCAGUGAGGAGACGCCUCCGCUGUUCAGCCAUAUAGUGCGUGGGGGAGAAAGCGCGCCCCCCCCCCCCAGUUUUGUUUUCGCCGGAGAUGGUCGCCGAGCACCGGCGGCGGCGGAGGUAGGAAGGGAGGGCGAAGCCGGAGCCAAGAGGGAAUGCCGGCCGCAGUCUCAGGCGUGGGGUCCGCCGCCGGCGUGGCUCCUGUCAGCGAGGAGCAGGGGCCGGGGGGCGACUGCGCCCUGCCCUCUUACGAAGAGGCGACGGGCGGCGGCGUGGAGAACGGGCACUGCCGCCCGCCGGAGCUGCCUGCCGCCGCUUCGGAGGAGGGAGCGGGGGAGUCCCUCCUGACGGCGGCGGCGGCGGCGGCGGCGGCGGUGAAGCCCGCUGACGGCAAGCAGGAGGAAGCGAAGAAGCCGCCGCAGAGCCCGGAGGAGCCGGCGGAGUCCAGCCCUCCCGAGGGCGGCUGGGGCUGGCUGGUCAUGGUGGCGUCCAUGUGGUGCAACGGGGCCGUCUUCGGGAUCCAGAACUCGUGCGGCGUCCUCUUCAAAUCCAUGCUGGCCGAAUUCGGGGACCCCGACGACAAGCAGCUGAUCUUUAGGACGGCAUGGGUGAGUUCCCUGUCCAUGGGAAUGAUCUUCUUCUGUUCUCCCAUAGUCAGUGUAUUUACCAAUGUAUUUGGCUGUCGAAUAGUAGCUGUUGUUGGAGCAGCUGUGGCUUUGAUUGGGCUCCUUUCAAGCUCAUUUGUAAGGACUCUAGAACCUCUCUAUUUUACUUAUGGGAUUUUAUUUGGCUGUGGUUGCUCAUUUGCAUAUCAGCCCUCCCUGGUCAUCUUGGGGCAUUACUUCAAGAAGCGCCUGGGCCUGGUGAAUGGCAUUGUCACUGCUGGCAGCAGCUUGUUUACUAUAGCUCUGCCUUUUCUUUUAACUGUACUGAUUAAAUCAGUUGGCCUGGACAAUACUUUCCGGAUCCUCUGUAUUUUUGUAUUUGUUCUUUUCCUGGCUGGCUUUACAUAUAAGCCUCUUAUUGGCAGUGCCAAGGGAAGUGGAGAAAAGGGCAAACUCCAUUUUCCUCCUGCAAAACAGAUUUUCAAUUUUUCCAUUUUUAAAGUUAUGAGUUAUCGAAUCUGGGUUAUUGGAAUCCCAGCUGCUUUAUUUGGAUAUUUUAUACCCUAUGUUCAUCUACUGAAACAUGUGAAAGAACGAAUUGGUGAAGAUGUUCCAGAUGAAACACUCUUGCUGUGCCUUGGCUUAACUUCAGGAGCUGGUCGAUUGAUCUUUGGAAGAAUUGCAGAUUAUGUUCCUGGUGCAAAAAAAGUUUAUCUUCAGGUGAUCUCAUUUUUCUUCAUUGGCCUGAUGUCUAUGAUGAUUCCACUGUGCCAUUCUUUUGGAAGUCUCAUUGCUGUCUGCCUCUUCAUGGGUGUCUUUGAUGGCUGCUUUAUUAGCAUCAUGGCACCUAUUGCAUUUGAGCUAGUUGGUGCAAAGGAUGUUUCUCAGGCAAUUGGAUUCCUCUUGGGCUUUAUGUCUAUACCAAUGACAGUUGGUCCACCUGUUGCAGGUAUACUGCGAGAUUACCUAGGUACUUACGAUGUAGCAUUCUACCUAGCAGGAAUCCCCCCUGUUAUUGGAGGAGCUGUGCUGUGUUUCAUUCCUUGGGUGCAUGCAAAGGAAAAAGCCAAAGAACGAGCUAGAUCUGUAGAUGGAGAAACUAUGGAGAAAAUGUUGGAAAACAAAAAUGCAGCCAUGUUAGAGACUGCUGAAACAAACAGCAAAGAUUGUGAAACUGUUAUUUAAUUCUUAUUUUUUCUACCAGAUUGAUUUUAUUUUUAUGAGGACUGGCCAUAAACUGAAGUACCAUAUGAUUGUAGUAGAAAGCAAAGCUCUAAAGUAAUAGUGACAUUUAAAACCAAACUGCUAACAAUUAUGAAUGCUUUUUUAAAAAUUGGGCAUGAUUCAGGUUUCAAAACACAUUUACCUAUCCCAUAUAGGAUUGUAGCAUCAAAAUAUUCUUGCCUCUGUGUGAGUUCAUGUAAGAACUAUGUUUUUAUUUUUUAUUUUACUGCAUUUCUGGAAGCUGAGAAUUCAGCCUACCUAUAAAAAGAUCCUUUCAGUUUACUUCAAUAACCUUCUGAUCCAUCCAGUACCACUACAUUCAUUUAUACUUGAUUUUAGGAAUUAGGAAUGUUUAAAAAACAUUUUAACAUUUUAAGUGUGCAUAUUCAGAUCUUUUAAACUCCUUUACGACUUAAACCUGUGCUGAGUUAGGCUUGCUUAAGGCUGUUGAUUUCAGGGGUUUUAGGCCCCACACAGGCAUGAAGCCUAAAUCAUAGCUUGGAAUCAUAGUUUGUAGGAAUGGAGCUAACCAUACCUUGUGGCUCAGAUGUAGCAAUACACUGUGAUUUGCCACGUGUGCCGAAGUCUUUUAAAUUCAGUUGCUGUAUGUGGGGGAAAUCUGGGUGGAUUAGGGGUAUUGGAAAAUUAGUGUACAAAUCAAAGGGUUUUGUAGGCUUGUUUACAUCUCAACCAUGUUCAGUCCUUCAAGAAACCAUUGUUAUUCAUUACGCAACAUAGUUUUAUAAAGCAAUAAUGACAUUUUCUAUAUACUUGUAGCCAUACAAUAUCUUCAAUUGCUUAAUUCUGCAAUGGGGCCAUCCUUCCAUAUAUCUUAACAUUUUGAAGGUGGACUACAUUGGCAAAAUAUUAUGGUAUGCUGUUCUGAAUGUAUUCCAGUAAUUAAAGUGCUUAUUUUUAUGUAUGUGGAAAGAACUAUACCCCUCCUCCCUCAAGUCUAUUCCUGUAUCUUAUUUAGUAUGUAGAUAUUCCAUUUCAAGCUUUUGUUUCUAAUAAGGUGCUAAUAAUGUCAAAUCAUAUCUAAUAUGAAUGGUACAGUGACAGGACAUUUUUUAAUUGGACACAUUUCCAUUUGGCCCACAGUGCUGUAAAGUUAAACUUUACAUCAGUAUUAAUUUCAAAACAAAGGGUUUGCUCAGGUUUGUAUUAAAAUUAUCUUGGUUUCAAGCCUAACCUGUGUCUACAAGUCAUCCUGCAGCAGCACAGAUCCAGGAAAUAAGAUAGACUGCCCUCCAUGUACACAUCAGCAGAUCUGAAGAUGAAGGAAUGGACUUGAUAGAUGCUGAGGCCAAUAAAGGAGCAUUCAUAUUUUGCUUGCAUUGUAUUUUCCCACUGGAACCUAUAUCUUACUAAAUACUCCUGCUUUUGUAUCCUGCAUACUUUUCCUUUUUCAGGCUUAUUGCAUCUACAGGAUAGAAGCAGUACCUUUUGUCUUGGAAUGAACUUUCGCUUCCACUCAGUGGUCUGUGAACAUCAUGCCAUAGGAGCUUUGGUUUCUUUCUAGCUUUCAACCAGUAAAUAUCCAAUGCAUUUUCUCAUUAGAUAGAGUAGCAGAAAGGAAACACACUGGGAAAACAACUUACCUCAGCUAUUAAAAGUUGGAGGGCAGGGAAGUCCAUUCAGAACUUGUUUAAGGAGACAGAAUGCCCAAGGCUUUGGGGCAGGGUGGGGGGAGAUGAGAUUCUGAGUAGCUAGUAGAAGGCUUAUACUUAUUAAGCUGCUUUCAGGCAGGCAUGGUAGAGCAACCAGUAGGAAAUGGGGAGAGGUUGGUACUUACUGAGAGGGGGCAACUUCAUCACCACAUCUGACACAUCAUGGAAGUGCUGUAUUACACUGGGUCAACAUUCUGGCACUUGCCCCAAAACUCUAUGGGGUUCCUGGGAAAAUGCUAGACCCUGGUACAGUGCUGGUGCUUCUGGGUCAUGCCAGAAGUGAUGUCAUUGUGUGGUGAUCAAGAUCACCAUGCCUACCUACCCAUUUUGCCGGUCUGUUUCUACCAGCUGAUCAGAUGAGCAUCAGUGGGAAUCAGCAACAAUUGCCGCGAGUCAUUAUUAGUGGGCAUCUAGUACAUCUACUAAUGAAAAAAAUUUUUUUGAGAAACAGUUGGGUAGAGAAAGUGGCCUAAUCUAUUCUAUAAUGUAGUUCCAACAACUAUACAAGGAUGUAGGUGAGGGUUUUUUUUCCCUUGGGUUCAAUCCCCCCAUUGCAUGUCCAAAGCUCCGUCCUCCGUUUGUAGGGUUUUUGUAUUUU